AUGGAAAACCCACAAUCUUUGCAACCUGAAGAAAGUGUCAGUACAUCGGCAUUGAAAGUCGCAAUGUGCGAAACAGAUGAGGAUGACGACGCUGAACUUGACACCAUGACCGACACAAUUAGAAUUGUUGACUUGGACAUUAUAAACGAACAAAUCGCGGAAACAGCUGUGCAAAAAAUGUACAAACGGUUUGAUCAUCUGUGUGGUCGUGUAUAUGAUGUCACUAUAGAUGGAACUGUAUUUAAUAUUGGCGCCUAUGCUUGGACUGGAUAUCAAAGAUAUAUAAUCCAACUAGCCAAAGAAAUGGAAUUAGAAACAACUGGCGAGGAACUGGAAGGUGAACCCGUAUUUGUAUCGCCAUUUGGAUUCACAACUUGGACUGGACAGAAUCUUGUGGACACCGGUAAACUUCAAAUAGCAUAUAACGACUCCAUGCAAAUUAUAGAAAAAGAAGCACUGGAUUUUGCGUCAAGAAUGGUGAACAAUUAUAACCAGCGUGGUAAUGAGACGUUUUCAUCUAUGGCAGAGUAUUUGUCUUAUGGAGACCUGAUGACAUGGCCGCAGCUAUCGAGUCGGGAAUACUACACAAAUAAGGGAAUUGAACUGGAAUUCCAAGACCUAGCCAUGGCUCCUCAAGCAAACCUAAUUUCUAACAAUGGAAUGGAAAGUCAUGUGUUUUCCAUGCAACUUUCGUUAACAACAUCUAUGGGAAAAGGUGCGACGUGUUCACGGGGGAAACUCGCAGCUUGUACACUCGUUAUUGGAGUGUCAACAGCUGAUCUUCAACUAAAUGCGACUGUUCACAACAUAAAACAAAUAGACAGAAAACUUGAGAUAAGUUAUAAUGUAAAUGGUAUCCAGCACACAAUUCACUCUGAUUAUGUGGUUAUUGCAGCCCCAUUAGAAAAGACAGGUAUUCAUUUUGAAAAUUUUGAGUUGCCAAUCGACCCCCCUGCCAGGCAAUGGCACGAAUCUUAUUCGUAUAUUAUUAUUGCGGAUGGGAUGAAUCCUAACUUUUUCAAUGUCAGCGCCGAAUGGGACGAACCAAACUUUGUCACUGGUUCUCCUUCGUUUCCUGAAGUCGGUGAAUUCUUGUAUUGCUACCUGUCUGCAAUCAUUAAUGGCAGCAAAUAUUAUUCACUGGCCACGGGCUAUGACGUCACAGAACAACUGGAUUUGCUGUUGAUCAAUCCAAAGUUGAAGUUUGUACACCACUGGGAGUAUAGCCACGCUGUUUUGAAACCACAAAACCCCGAUCAGUACCAAGAGAUCCUUCUUGCGCCAUCCUUGUACAAUAUAGGUGCAGUUGAAGGUUUAAUGAGUCAGAUGGAAGGGUCUAUCAUAUUGGCACGUGACAUUGCACUACUCAUCGCGAAUACACACAAUAUCUCUAAUGUUCUCAUUAGUAGUAUGACUACGCUGAUGUCACAUAAGACCUUUGGUAGUAAAUGGAUAAAAUUACCCUAUUGA